AUGAGUAAAGAAGAACAAAAGAGCCAGGCCCCAGGUGGGUGGAUCGGUUUUGUUGCCGGUGUGGCAAGUGGAUUCAUGAAAAAUUUAGUUGGUCAUGCUCCAGAUUCAAUCAAAGUUAGACUACAGACAGACACAGUGAAGAGAUAUAAUGGUGUGAUAGAUUGUUGUGUCAAGACUUAUAAGACCCAAGGUGUUCGUGGAUUUUAUUUGGGAUUUACACCACCUUUAGUUGGUUGGUUAGUUAUGGAUUCUGUAAUGUUGGGAUCUUUACAUAAUUAUAGAAGAAUUAUAAAAAGGAAUUUUUAUCCAAAGGAGGAGAAAUUAGACUUAAAGGGGCUUGUUGGUGCUGGUGUCUUAGCUGGUUGGACUGUUAGUUUCAUUGCAGCUCCUAUUGAAUUAGCUAAAGUUAAAUUACAAACUCAAUAUGGUUCUAAAACUGAAAGUAAAUAUUCUGGACCAAUUGCAGUUAUCAAAGAUGUUUACAAGACAAAUGGUCUAGGUAUAAAUGGGUUAUUUAAAGGUCUUAUAUCAACAUUAAUUUUCCGUACAAAUUUCAUAACAUGGUGGGGGUCUUAUGAAUUAAUUACAAGAGGUUUGAAAAAAAAUACAAAUAUGAAUGAUUUUUGGAUAAAUUUCACAGCAGGUGGUGCUUCUGCAAGUGCUUUUUAUAUAACUGCUUAUCCAUCAGAUGUUGUUAAGUCUUAUUUAUUAGCAGAUGAUAGAUUUAAUGGUUCUUUUAAAAGUUGGAAAUUAGCAGCUAAGGAAAUUUAUCAAACUAAAGGUUGGAAAGGUUUCACCAAAGGGUUUACUCCAGCUUUUAUAAGAGCAUUCCCUGCUAAUGCUGCUGCUCUAGCUGCUUUUGAAACUGUGUUGAGGGUUACAGGUGCAUCUUCUUCUUCAUAA